UUCCGGUGAGCGAUGGAGGUUACGCCGAGUGUUGCAUUUCUCUCUUUCUCGCACAUUUCACAAUGACGAAGACAGAUUUAAGGUGUAUGGAUUUGACAACUUCAUAUUCGACUAUGUCAUGUCAUCGAAAUGUUCGCUAAACGGUCAAAGCAAAUUAUUGAAAUCCGACGUUAAAUUGUUGCGGUUGCAUUAGCAUAACGUUCUACUUUAAGCUCGAUGUCAACAACAUUGCGAGUGAACAUUACAGCAAAUCAUUAAACCUUUGUCCGAACACUUUUUGUUUAUUAACCGCUUGGUAAGAUUUAGCUGUUAUUUCUGACGUGUUUGUGCGAUGUUUGAGAUGGACCGAGAGGAAUCAGACAGACUGAUAGAGAAAGCUAAACUAUGUCUUCGGUCGGGACGGAAGGAAAAAGCCCUACAGUUGCUGUACGAGGCUCAGAAGAUUUACCCCAGCUCCCGGGCCAGAGUACUAAUCGAUGCCAUUGUGAAGAAUGGUGGUCCCAUGCCCCCUGAUGAAGACCGUGUGUACACGCCACCACCCGGCUGGAGGAACUCCAAUGAGAACGGCCCGGCUUCACAUCAGAGGCCCGACACGCAAGAUAGAGGAGAGGGGUCCGGCGAUGACAGAAAGACUUACACGGAGGAGCAGCGUCAGGGAGUGCUCAGGAUAAAGAGAUGUAAAGACUUCUAUGAAAUUCUGGGAGUACCAAAAGAUGCUGAUGAUGACGACCUAAAGAAAGCCUACAGAAAGCUGGCUCUACGUUUCCACCCAGAUAAAAACUUUGCCCCUGGAGCGACAGAUGCUUUUAAAGCUAUAGGCAAUGCAUAUGCUGUGCUGAGCAACCCAGAGAAAAGACAGCAGUAUGAUCAAUAUGGCGAUCAGGGGCCUGUAGAUACAUCCGGUCAAACUUCAGCACAGUCCCGCCAUGCUUACGGAUUCCACCGUAACUUCACCAGAGACUUUGAGGCUGACAUCUCCCCAGAGGAGCUUUUCAACAUCUUUUUCGGGGGCAGAUUCCCAACAGGCAACAUCCACGUGUACACAAACCGAGGAGCCUCUUAUGCUCAAUUUUACCAGCCACGCAGACGUCGCACAUUUGAGAGAAGAGAGGAGGAUGUGGAGGAAAGCCACAGUCAGAACAACUUCACAGCUCUCCUUCAACUCCUGCCGGUUCUGGUGCUUAUUCUGAUCUCUGUAUUUACUCAGCUGAUGGCCACCAACCCUCCAUAUAGCCUCUUUUACAAACCGUCCAUGGGUUUGGUGGUGUCCAGGGAAACCCAGCACAUGGGUGUACCAUACUAUGUGGAUAAGAGUUUUGAGAAGGAGUACCGUGGUGCUGCACUAGAGGAACUAGAGAAGACCAUCGAGAGCGACUAUGUUGACCAUCUACAAAGCAGCUGCUGGAAAGAAAAACAACAGAAGUCUGAUCUAGCCAAUCUCGGGCAGUUGUACCGCGACGAGCGUCUAAAGCAGAAGGCCGAGACCAUGAAGCUGGAUCACUGUGACAAGCUGCAUCGCUACAUGGGUCGACAGAGAGGAGACUGAGACCACGUUCCCCUUCCAAAAAGCACGGCCAACCUUAUAAAGAAGCUUUUAGUAUCGGUUAUAUAUUUCAAUUUACUUGGUGGGGUCACCUUUUUUGAAAAGAAGGGCGAGAGUUCAGGUGCCUGAAAAUGGAGUGAAGGCUGACACAACAGCCGACACAGCUCAGAUUCACACGAAUGAUUCAGGGUGUAUUGUAGAAGUAAGUGAUUUGGCUGUGAUGAUGCACAGCCUCCACACAGUGAAGGUGCGAGGUUGUGAUUGGUUCGAAUGCCUGGAAUUUUUUCCUUACAUUAAGGAGCGCAGGCUCCAGGCUGACUGACAGGAUUAACUAAUUGACAGGAGAUUUUUGUGUUGACACUCCCGGGAGUGCUUUAUUGUUAAUAGGAAUAAUUUAUUUAAUAACGUAUUUAACUUUUCCUCGAUUUGUGCUGUGAAUUACAUUUGAAAAGACUAUUAAAGCUUUUCAUAGGACAAAAGCUAUUUUUUGUUUUUGUAGAAAACAACAAAAAACCAUUUCUUAAUAACAAACCACUACACAACUUUUGAAAGCUCUGUUGAAGUAGCAAAAUAAUCUGUGUGUGCAUUAUUUCAGUCUUUUAGUCAUUUGUUACGAUGUUGUAAAUUUUAUAGUCGCUUAAUACAAAACCUUUUUAGGCAACAUUCAGACUUUUUUUUCAUAAAGGGCGAAGAGUUCUCAGUGCCCUCACAAAUUUGCUAAAACCCACGUUGUUUUAUUCCCAUGCAGUAUUUGAUUUAUAUUUUUUGGCACUUUAUCUUUGAACUGUAAUGGUGUAUUGCAUGCAACCCUUUCAUGCAUUCUCCUGCCUUUUAAAUUUUUACAUGUUUAGAGUUGUUAACACAUCACAGUUUAAUAUCAGUGAUUAUAACCAGGCAAAUAACCAUUACUGAGCUGUUUUGAAGUAGAUUUAAUGUUUUACCUCAUGUUACUGAACACUAGUACAACAUGCUGAACUUCAGCACAAACUGAGCAUGAAUGUUGAGAUGUUCAGAAGACGUCCUGAUGUGGGAUGAAAUGUUUAAAGAGAGCGAUGUGGAGUUUGUGCCGGUGGUGGUAUUGUGAUUUUGUUCCAUGCAGUACCUGAACUGUUGAAAGUUUUGUUUGGAUUGAGUGUGCCGAUAAAAUAAAACAUGAAUCAUA